CUGCUCAGGCUCCUCUCCCUUUCGUCAGGCCGACAAACGGGCUCAUCACAACGCGCUGGAGCGCAAGCGCAGGGACCACAUCAAGGACAGCUUCCACAGCCUGCGGGACUCUGUCCCCUCCCUCCAGGGAGAGAAGGCAUCCCGGGCCCAAAUCCUGGACAAAGCCACAGAGUACAUCCAGUACAUGCGUCGGAAAAACCACACACACCAGCAGGACAUCGACGACCUCAAGCGGCAGAACGCGCUCCUGGAGCAGCAAGAGGCUCUCGGACUGCAGCUUCCCAGCCCUCCCCGGCCCUUUCCCCGCUCUAACCGCAACGGCCCUGGGGGGAGCUGGCCAGGCAGGGCCUCGCAGCGCCCGCCCGACAGACUUGGGGGGAGCCGGCGGCCGUGA